AUAGAACAGCCAGAAAUCCUGUCCACAGAAAUCUCUCUCUUUACCAACGUUUACCUCCUUUGAGGUGUAUUUGGCGUGAAGCAGAGAAAUGGAUUCCAUCACAGCAGAAAAUAUUUCCAGUGGUAUGACUACCUGGAAGCUUGGAAUCAAUCAGUCUUUUUCACACAACACAUCAGAAAACAACAGCAACUCUACCUGCAUUAUUUUGGAUGCCUGGGAUUGGUUAUAUACAUUUCAGCCUAUGUUCCUCUGGGUCAUUUUUGUCCUGGGAGUGAUAGAGAACGGCUUUGUCCUCAGCGUUUUGUGUUUCCACAAGAGUCGCUGCACGGUGGCUGAAAUUUACCUGGCAAACCUGGCAGUUGCCGACUUGAUGUUAGUUUGCGGUUUACCUUUCUGGGCCAUUAAUAUCGCUAAUCAGUUUAAGUGGCCUUUUGGCACUUUCCUUUGCAAGGUUGUCAAUGCAAUCGUUUACAUGAACUUAUAUUCUAGCAUUUAUUUUUUGAUGAUGGUGAGCAUCGAUCGCUACCUGGCCCUGGUGAAAACCAUGUCUCUUGGACGUAUGCGACGAAGUACAUGUGCCAAAUGGAACUGCCUUAUCAUCUGGGUGUCUGCAUUGCUCGUAUGUUCUCCUGUUCUAGUGUUCAGGUCUAUCAGUUAUGUGGAAGAAGUCAAGGGCAGAGCCUGCAUUCUUCAGUAUCCAUCCACACACUGGACAAUUGCAACACACAUUUUGCUGAAUACUGUGGGCUUUUUGAUCCCACUCUGUGUAAUUACCUAUUGUACUAUUCAAAUAAUCAAAGCCUUACGAGACAACAAAAUACAAAGACUCACAGAAAUCCAGACUGAGAAGAGAGCCACCAUCUUGGUCCUUGCUGUCCUUUUGCUGUUUAUCAUUUGCUGGCUUCCUUUCCAGAUCACCACAUUCAUUGACAUACUAAUUCAGGCAGGCAUCAUUUCUGACUGCAUUACUAAAGAUGUCAGUGAACUGGUGACCCAGGUAGCUACAUACUGUGCUUAUAGCAACAGCUGCCUUAACCCAGUAUUGUAUGUCAUUGUAGGCAAGCAUUUCAGAAAGAAAUCCAGGGAACUCUACAAAUGCUGCCUGCCUAGGAUAUGCAACAAAUCAGAGUCCAUCCAGAUGGAGAAUUCUUUGGAUACUCUGAGAACGUCCAUUUCCAUUGAAUGCCCAAAGAAAAAGUCUGCUUCUUCAUUAGCACGAUAGCACUGUUUUGCUUAUUGCAAAGUUACAAGAAAACCUUUCAACAUAUCAGUGCGUAAACUGUCCUUAAUAUCCAUUGAUUAUGGCACCCCAUUGUGUGCACUGGCUGCAUUCAUUAUGCAUGAAAACUUGGGGAGCCGAUCUCAAUACAAAACUCCAUGAUAGGCACCUACUUAUACCAGCUAAUGGACAACAUUUUUUAUGACUGAAUCACAUUUCAUGAUAUAUUUAUAUAUUCAUGGCUGAAGUAUAUUUGACACACUAUCAUUUUAAAUAUUUAUAUUGCUAAUGAAGAUAAGUGUCUGAUAUCAGAAUAUAGUUCUCUAAGUAAAGCCAUCUUAUAACAGCUAUUGUCAGUAUUAUGAAGCUAACCACAGUACCCAUACAUUUGAAAGAAUACAUUUUUAAUAUAAGGAACAUUUUUGAAUGAGACUAUA